AUGGUGCUCCGACAGGAAGGAUUCCCAGAGGACUGGCUCAGUGGCCUCUUGACAUCGGACGUGUGCGAUUUUUCUCGACGAACGCCCCGCGCAGGCAUCGUGGUCGACUGGACAUGUGAGGACAAGACACGGCCCGACUUGCACACCCUUAAGCGUACCUUUGCCAAUCCCAAUUUGCCGCUGGCCUCGAUAGUGAUGCAGCGGUUCCUGCGUGUCAACUUUGUCACGGAAGAACUCGAUAAGGCUGCCGUGCAAGUCCUCAAAUUACGACGUGCAAGCUCUGCCGUCUUCGACUUCGUGAUGGAUAUGUAUGCAAAAGAUAUUGAGAAUUCGAAUGAUGUCAAUACAAACGACACCUCAGACCGAGCAGUGCUAUCUAAGGGCUUGCGAGAGAUUGUGGAUGCUGCCCGGGAGCGGCAGCGACUUGAGGCGAGCGACGCUGCCUCACUCCCAUUCCAAACUAUGAUCAAUAGGGACGACAGCACUAGUGGCGACCUUUGUGGGGACUGGCAGCACUUUCUGGAUCAAAGAGCUGCACGCCAGACGGAGCUGAUUGAACACGGAGGCCGAAACUUUCGAAACUGGAUCAAACAACGCGAGGAAAACCCGCCCAGGUGGAACACCAACAUAUUCACAUGGAGUAGGAUCAUUUCAUCUGGAGGGAAGGAGAUUUUCAUGCGGACACGCGUUGAAAAAAGACGACACGACAACGUCUUCAACGAGUACACCCCCGCUCAAUGUCGAUACAAUGCUCUCGAGAAUGAAUGGGACCUGUUUGAGGAAUUUGCACUGGAAGUCAAGUCGAAGAAUGGUCAGGAUUAUGCGGGCUAUGAGCAUUCAGACAGUGAGGAUGAUGGCUUUGAUCCUUUUGAAGGCUACAAGCACCUUUAUACGGAAUCCCCCCCUCUGGUGCCUCUCCUGGUGCCUCCCCCACCUCUCCUGAACCUGAUGAAGUAG